UGCAUUCUGCAUUCAUUUUCACGUACUUGAGAACACUGCACUAAAACCAUGAUGAACACCGCAUGGAUUUUGGCAGCCAUUGCCGUGAUUGCCGCGGUUUCUUUUUUCAGUGGAUUCCUGAAGAACAGAAGUAAAAGGUUGCCGCCUGGUCCCAAAGGGCUGCCGAUAUUGGGACACCUCCAUUUGAUCGGGAAAAAUCCCCAUCAAGAUUUGCAUGAACUGGCCAAAACCCACGGUCCGAUUAUGCAUUUAAGGUUUGGGUUUGUCGACAACAUCAUCGUUUCAUCAGCUGAAGCCGCCGAGCAAUUCCUGAAGACGCAUGAUCUUGUGUUCGCCACCAGGCCGCCGCACCAGGCGGCCAAGUACAUGUCGUAUAACCAGAAGAAUUUGUCGUUUGGCGAGUACGGUCCGUACUGGCGCAACAUGCGAAAGCUAUGUACCUUAGAGCUCCUCAGCAAUCACAAGAUCAAUUCGUUUCAGUCCAUGAGAAGGGAAGAGGUGUGCCUUCUGGUAGAGUCACUGAAGCAGGCGUCUAGAAAUGGCGGCGCCGUUGAUUUGAGUGCCAAAGUUGCUUCCAUGAGUGCCGAGAUGAGCUGUCGGAUGGUGUUUGGGAAGAAGUACGAGGAUAAAGACAUCGGCGACAAGGGUUUCAAGGCUGUGAUUCAUGAAGCUAUGAGUUUGGCGGCUCUCCCUAACCUUGGCGAUUACUUCCCGUAUCUUGGUAAGCUCGAUUUGCAGGGAUUAACUCGACGGAUGAAGGCCGUUAGCAAGUUGUUCGAUGAAUUCUUUGAGAGGAUCAUUGAUGAACAUGAACAACGUGCUACAAACAAUGGUAGCACUCAAAUGACUAGGGAUUUUGUUGAUACUAUGUUGGACAUCAUGAAAUCUGGGGAGAGUACGAUUCAAUUUACUCGUGAACAUGUCAAAGCUAUUAUGCUGGAUAUGCUUGCAGGUUCGAUGGACACGUCUGCAACAGUAGUAGAAUGGAUAAUGUCUGAACUCUUUAGACACCCUGAAAUAAUGAAAACACUGAAGGAAGAAUUAGAGAGACAAGUAGGACUUGAUAGGAUGGUGGAAGAGGAGGAUUUAGAGCACUUGGAAUACUUAGAAAUGGUCAUAAAGGAAUCAUUCAGGAUUCAUCCCGUGGCGCCAUUACUUCUCCCUCAUGCAGCCAUGGAAGAUUGUGUAGUUAAUGGUUUUCACAUACCCAAAAGAGCAAGAAUUAUUGUGAACAUUUGGGCAAUUGGACAUGAUCCAAAUGUGUGGAGUGAUCCUAAAAAGUUUAUACCAAAUAGGUUUAGUGGAACUAAUAUUGAGUAUAGAGGUCGAGAUUUCGAACUCAUUCCAUUUGGGUCAGGGAGGAGAAGUUGCCCUGGGUUACAACUUGGAAUAACAGUGGUCCGACUACUGGUGGCGCAAUUGGUGCAUUGCUUUGAUUGGGAUCUUCCAAAUGGUAUGUCACCUAAAGAGUUGGACAUGACAGAAGAGUUUGGCCUUGUAGUGACUCGAGCCAAACAUUUAAUGGCUAUUCCUACCUAUCGAUUACGUCUUUAAAAGGCCAUGACAUGCCAAUGUAUUUUUAUUUUCAUCAUCAAGUAAAAGUAGUGUAAAACCGAAUAAAGAAAUUUCUUUCUUCAAA